AUGUCAACAUUGCUGCCAUCCUCUGUCAUGCAGGGAAUGUCACCCGAUCUCGCCUCAUUUCUGAGGAACAUGCAGGCCCAAUUCAUGUCACUACAACAACGUACCAAUGAACUUGAAUCUCUUGCCGCAACUAAUGCUAGAUUAACUACUCAAUUAGUUAAUGCGGAAAAGCUAAUUGCUGAUCUCAGAUCUCAAUUAGCAUCUCAGGGCAAUUGCCAAAUUACAACAAAUGCAUCAACAUCAUCUGCACCAACCACACCCAAGGAGCCUGGCACUGAGGCUUCUACAUGGGCUACAACUGCUGCUGCUGCUCACAACUCUGUUGUUGUUCCUACUGCUCUUUCUGUUUGCAAGACUCCAAGACCUCCUUCUGUUCGCCAGGUUGCUGCUUCUGCUAGAAUGUUUGCCAUUCCCACUGGUCCCAAAGGAUAUCAAUAUGUGUAUAUCCCACGUUCACGUCGUCUCACACAUAGAGAAGUGCGCAACUCUUUGAAAACACUUGGUGUUGAUACUGGCCGCAUCUUGGAUAUCAAUUUUCCUGCCAAGGAUGUAGUUGGCAUCCUAGUUCACAACCAGUAUGCUGAGAAAUUCCAGACCACUCUGACCACAGUUGCCAUUGAGAUCUUAGAUGCGUUUGACCCUUUGGAUCCCAAAAACAUUGCAGAUCCCAAAUAUAAGUCUCUUUCUGAUUCAGAGCUAGAAGAAGUUGCUGCUGAACUUCAUUCUGAUCGUUGUAUGAAGGCUCUCAAGUACCUUCGUCCUCAUGUUGCUGUUCCUGUUGGUCAUUUCUUUUGUGAUCAAGGCUGGAUCUCUAAGGAAGAUAUUCCUGUCCAUUCUGUUUCUGGUCCUGGUGCUGGACUUUGGAAUGCUAAUGGUCUGCAGCCUCGUGCAAUUUAUGAUGUUCUUCAACACUGUCACUCUUUACAUAUGCUUUUUAUCACUGAAACAUGGCUUCUCCCCCCAUCUCGUCUCCCCACUUCUUGGUCCCAGAUUCAUCUUUAUGGUUCACCUGUAGCUGGCAACUACAGAGGUUCUAUGGGUGUUUCUGUUCUUAUUUCUCCAUCUUGUCCUUAUCCUGUCACUCAGAUUCCUAUGUCAUCUAAUUAUGCUUUAGCCAUCAAGAUUGGUUCCCUCAGAAUUGUAUGCCUGUACUUACCGCCCUCUAUGUCCACCCAUGAUGCUCUUGCAGUUCUCUCAUCCAUUCCUUUGACCAAUGACACUAUUAUCUGCGGGGAUUUUAAUUCACGUUUGGGUUCACUUACUGGUGACUAUGCUACUAACACUCGAGGUCUUGCUCUUUGUCAAUGGUUAGAAGAACGUGCUCUUACUGUUGUCAAUGGCCAGCUCUCACCAUGCAUACCUACAUUCAUUUCAUUCCGCCAAAAUGUGGAGAUAAGCAGUAUCAUUGAUCUGUUUAUCACUAAUAUGUCCCUCACCAAUGCCACUCUCAACAUUCAUACCGACCUCUCACUCAACUCUGACCACCGUCUGCUUUCACUUUCAUUUACAUAUGCCAUCAAUCCAACAUCACAUGCACCACCACCAUCUCGCAAAACAUGGAACCUCUCACGUCUUCAAGAACCUGAUGUUCUCAAACUAUAUGCCCACACAUUUGUCACUAAUUCCAUCAACCUCAAAUCCACUUUGCAAUCGACCUUCGAACACCCUCCUUCCUCACAUCCACCAAUUGAUGCACUAACUGAUGAAUUCAACUCACUCAUUUAUAAUUCUUUAAUACUUCAAGCAGCUGCAGAGCACCGCAAUUUCUGCUACAAGAAAUGGCGCCGUGCAUGCGGUAUAGACAGAAUUCAUUGGUGGGAUAAGCAUCUCAAAGCACAGGCAGAAUUCCGACAUCAAGUGCAAUCAUCUAAGCGCCAAUCAUGGCAUGCUUUCUGCAAAUCAAUGGAACAAGACUUUUCCAAAGCAACAUCAAAGAUCAAGCAACUCAAACGCCAAUGGCAGCCUCAGCACAUGUUUCAACAUAGUGAUGGACCAGCAACAGCAGCAACAAUUAUGUGUGAGCAUCUUGCAUCUGUAUACAGUGGCAGUAUCCUCCCAGAUCAGCGUCCUCCUCCUCCUCUUCACAGUACUAGUCUGCCUUUUACCUCUGCAAACUCGCCAUUUGUUUCUUCAGUGGUAGAGGGAUGCGUGCAAUUUAUGCCUAACCACAAGACACCAGGCCCAGAUCAUAUCAGAGCAGAAAUGUUGAAACCAUGUCGCAGAGUCAAUAGUUGUAGGGAACUUAAACUAAAUGAUAUCUUUUGA